CGAGCGGGGAGGGGGCACGCGGCGCCGAGGAGGAGGAGGAGGAGGACUAAGAUGGCCACCAGCCGCCGCGGGGAGCGGCCCCGCUCCCUCCGCGGCCCCCUCGGCGCGGCCCGGCCUUGAUGGGGCCGGGACGACCCCGGCGCCCGGACGGUGCAGCAGCAGCAGCGGCGGCGCCUCCCGCCGGAGCCCGCCCGGGAGGAGCCGUCCUCCCGGCCCGGCCCGCACCGCCCGGCCGCGGCCGCCGCGCCGCGUAACUCCCCGAGCCGAGCCCAGCUCGCGGAGAGAGAGAGAGCACAGCGAAGAGGGGAGAGCGAGGAGGGACGGACCGCCCGCCGCCCCCUCCCCGGGCCGGCACAGCCGCACCGCCGGGACCUAGCUGCCCCCCGUGAGAGAGCAGCUUUGGUGUUGAAGAGAAACCUCGGAAAGGAAUGGGCCCUGUUCUCUUGAAGCUGUUUGCCCUGCUCCCGGUAAUGCUGUAGAGGAUACAAGGGAGCUUCCCAAAGUCAGCCAAGAUGAAUAUGGUGAAGAGGAUCAUGGGCCGGCCCCGGCAGGAGGAGUGCAGCCCCCAGGACAACGCGCUGGGCCUGAUGCAUCUGCGGCGCCUCUUCACAGAGCUCUGUCAUCCUCCACGGCACAUGACCCAGAAAGAGCAGGAAGAAAAGCUUUACAUGAUGUUACCUGUGUUCAACAGGGUGUUUGGAAAUGCUCCUCCAAGUACAAUGACAGAGAAAUUUUCUGACCUCCUGCAGUUUACUACUCAAGUGUCACGAUUGAUGGUGACUGAAAUUCGACGGAGAGCAUCAAAUAAGUCCACAGAGGCUGCAAGUCGUGCCAUAGUCCAGUUUCUGGAGGUCAAUCAAAGUGAAGAAGCAAGUAGAGGCUGGAUGCUGCUCACCACAAUCAAUUUACUAGCUUCAUCAGGACAGAAAACUGUGGACUGCAUGACUACAAUGUCAGUGCCUUCCACACUUGUUAAAUGUCUAUAUCUGUUUUUUGACCUUCCACACGUGCCUGAGGUAGUUGGAGGGGCACAGAAUGAACUACCUCUCGCAGAGCGCCGAGCGCUACUACAGAAAGUUUUUGUACAGAUCCUAGUAAAAUUGUGCAGUUUUGUGUCCCCGGCAGAAGAACUGGCUCAGAAGGAUGAUCUCCAGCUUCUAUUCAGUGCAAUAACCUCAUGGUGCCCUCCCUAUAACCUGCCUUGGAGGAAGAGUGCAGGAGAAGUACUAAUGACCAUAUCUCGUCAUGGCCUUAGUGUCAAUGUAGUGAAAUACAUCCAUGAAAAGGAAUGUUUGUCCACGUGUGUCCAGAACAUGCAGCAGUCUGAUGACCUUUCUCCCCUAGAAAUAGUUGAGAUGUUUGCUGGACUUUCUUGUUUUCUCAAAGACUCCAGUGAUGUAUCCCAAACAUUGUUGGAUGAUUUUAGGAUAUGGCAAGGAUACAACUUCCUCUGUGACCUCCUCCUCAGAUUAGAACAGGCAAAAGAAGCUGAAUCUAAGGAUGCUUUGAAGGACUUAGUUAAUUUGAUAACUUCUUUAACAACAUAUGGUGUCAAUGAAUUAAAGCCAGCUGGUGUUACUACUGGAGUACCUUUCCUGCUACCUGGAUUUGCAGUCCCACAGCCUGCCGGCAAAGGUCAUAGUGUGAGGAAUAUUCAAGCAUUUUCUGUCCUUCAGAAUGCAUUUUUGAGAGCAAAAACCAACUAUCUAGCACAAAUCAUCCUUGAUGCCAUCGCGAAUAUUUAUAUGGCGGACAAUGCCAACUACUUCAUUUUGGAAUCGCAGCAUACAUUGUCUCAGUUUGCAGAGAAAAUUCCUAAACUUCCAGAAGUGCAGACCAAAUACUUUGAGAUGCUGGAAUUGGUUGUCUUCAGCUUGAAUUACAUACCCUGUAAAGAACUGAUCAGUGUGAGCAUCCUUUUAAAAUCCAGCACUUCUUUUCAGUGUAGCAUCAUUGCCAUGAGGACGCUCUUGAAGUUCACUCGUCAUGAUUACAUCUUUAAGGAUGUCUUCAGGGAAGUGGGGCUUCUGGAGGUGAUGGUAAAUCUUCUUCAUAAAUAUGCAGCCCUUUUGAAAGAUCCCACUCAGGCACUGAAUGAUCAAGUGGAUUCAAGAAACAGUUCAUUUGAGGACCAAAAGCAGUUGGCUUUAUUGGUUAUGGAGACCCUGACAGUACUACUACAAGGAUCAAACACAAAUGCAGGCAUUUUCAGGGAGUUUGGUGGUGCCAGGUGCGUGCACAACAUCGUGAAGUAUCCGCAGUGCCGCCAGCACGCCCUGAUGAUCAUCCAGCAGCUGGUGUUGUCACCCAGCGGAGAGGACGACAUGGGCACCCUGCUGGGGCUGAUGCACUCGGCCCCACCUACGGAACUGCAGCUCAAAACCGACAUCCUAAGGGCUCUACUCUUGGUGCUGAGAGAGAGUCACCGCACAAGAACUGUUUUUAGGAAAGUUGGUGGAUUUGUGUACGUCACAUCUUUACUUGUUGCCAUGGAAAGAUCUUUGUGCUCACCACCUAAGAAUGGCUGGGAAAAAGUAAACCAGAACCAAGUGUUUGAACUGCUUCACACUGUGUUCUGCACAUUGACUGCAGCAAUGCGCUACGAGCCAGCCAACUCUCACUUCUUCAAGACAGAGAUCCAGUAUGAAAAACUGGCAGAUGCUGUUCGAUUACUUGGCUGCUUCUCAGACUUGAGGAAAAUAAGUCCCUUGAAUGUCUUCCCUUCAAAUACGCAACUGUUUCAAAGGCUUUUGGAUGAUGACCUAAUAUCCCUGGAUUCUGUGUCACCUACUCUAAGACACUGCAGCAAACUUUUUAUUUACCUCUACAAGGUAGCAACAGAUUCUUUUGACAGGCAUGCAUAUCAUUCUGUUUCAACACCUCCUGUUUGCCCUCAGAAAAACAUAGCUGAUGUGAAACUUCAAACAGGACCCACGUCCAUACAAAGCUUUGAUGCAGUCAUUAUUCACCCUGGUGCUAUGCUUGCAAUGCUGGAUCUUCUGGCCUCUGUUGGAUCAGCUACACACCCAGAGCAUGCACUGGAUCUCCAGCUGGCAGUGGCCAACAUCCUGCAAUCUCUGGUGCAUACAGAGAGAAACCAGCAAGUCAUGUGUGAAGCUGGGCUCCACGCACGACUUCUGCAAAGAUGCAGCGCUGCUCUGGCAGAUGAGGACCACUCCUUGCAUCCACCACUCCAAAGGAUGUUUGAAAGGCUGGCCUCCCAGGCUCUGCAGCCCAUGGUGUUGAGGGAAUUUUUACGCUUGGGAAAUCCUUUGAAUUGUGGAGCCUGGGACAAAAAGUUGUUGAAACAGUACCGAGUGCACAAACCCAGCUCACUGAGUUUUGAACCAGAAAUGAGAAAUAGCAUGGUCACCUCCAUGGAAGGUCUGGGUCCUGACAGCGUCUUUGGUGUGCACGAGGACAGCCACUAUCGGAUCAGCAGGAGCCUGCUCAAGCCAGCAGAAGGGAGCACAGUGCCCCUGACCAGAGUAAAGUGUUUGGUCUCCAUGACAACCCCACAUGAUAUCAGGCUUCACGGCUCAUCGGUGACGCCAGCGUUCAUCGAGUUUGACACAUCUCUGGAAGGGUUUGGCUGCCUGUUCUUGCCAAGUCUGGCUCCCCACAAUGCACCUACAAAUAAUGCUGUUACUACAGGACUUGUUGAUGGUGCCGUUGUGAGCGGAAUUGGAACUGGUGAAAGGUUUUUCCCACCACCAUCUGGUUUAAGCUACUCAACUUGGUUUUGUAUUGAACAUUUUAGUACACCUCCCAAUAACCAUCCUGUGAGACUCCUCACUGUAGUGCGGCGUGCGAACUCCUCGGAGCAGCAUUACGUCUGCCUUGCCAUUGUCCUGUCGGCAAAAGAUCGCUCACUGAUUGUUUCAACUAAAGAAGAAUUGCUUCAGAAUUAUGUUGAUGACUUCAGUGAGGAAUCAUCAUUUUACGAAAUUCUUCCCUGUUGUGCCCGUUUCCGCUGCGGUGACCUCAUUGUGGAAGGCCAGUGGCAUCACCUAGUUCUGGUCAUGAGUAAAGGCAUGCUGAAGAACAGCACAGCUGUGCUCUACCUCGACGGACAGCUUGUUAACACUGUUAAGCUUCACUACAUCCACAGCAGCCCCAGUGGCUCUGGCUCUGCCAACCCCCCUGUGGUCAGCACAGUGUACGCCUACAUCGGCACGCCACCCGCACAGCGCCAGCUCUCCUCCCUGGUGUGGCGCCUGGGCCCCACGCACUUCCUGGAGGAAGUGCUGCCUGCCCCAGGGGUCAGCACCAUUUAUGAGCUGGGACCCAACUAUGUCGGGAGCUUCCAAGCAGUUUAUGUUCCAUGUAAAGAUUCGAAGUCUGAAGGAAUCAAUCCAUCACCGGUAUCUUUGGUACCAGAAGAGAAGGUCUCCUUUGGUCUCUAUGCACUGUCAGUUUCUUCAUUUACAGUGGCAAAAAUAAGGAAAGUUUACAACAAGUUGGAUAGUAAAGCUAUUGCCAAACAGCUGGCAAUUUCUUCUCAUGAAAAUGCCACACCUGUGAAGCUGCUACAUAACUCAGCAGGGCAUUUGAAUGGACCAGCACGCUCCAUUGGUGCAGCUUUGAUAGGGUAUUUGGGAGUAAGAACAUUUGUCCCCAAACCUGUUGCCACUACGCUACAGUACAUUGGUGGAGCUGCUGCUAUUUUGGGACUUGUAGCCAUGGCAUCAGAUGUGGAAGGAUUGUAUGCAGCUGUGAAAGCUUUGGUCUGUGUGGUAAAGAGCAACCCAUUGGCCAGCAAAGAGAUGGAAAGAAUCAAAGGUUAUCAGCUGCUGGCAAUGCUGUUAAAGAAGAAGCGGUCCCUUCUGAACAGCCACAUACUCCACCUGACCUUUUCCUUGGUGGGAACUGUUGACAGCGGACACGAGACAUCCAUUAUCCCAAAUUCUGCUGCCUUCCAGGACCUGCUCUGUGAUUUUGAAGUCUGGCUUCAUGCGCCCUACGAGCUUCAUCUGUCAUUAUUUGAGCACUUCAUUGAGCUCCUCACUGAGUCAAGUGAAGCAGCAAAGAAUGCAAAGUUAAUGAGGGAAUUCCAACUCAUCCCAAGACUGCUGUUGACUCUUCGAGACAUGUCCCUGUCCCAGCCCACUAUUGCUGCGAUUAGCAAUGUGCUGAGCUUUCUACUUCAGGGCUUCCCCAGCAGCUAUGACCUACUCAGGUUUGGACAGUUCAUCUCUUCCACUUUACCUACGUUUGCAGUCUGUGAGAAAUUUGUAGUCAUGGAAGUCAACAAUGAAGAAAAGCUUGAUAGUGGAGCAGAGGAUGAUUUUGGAGGACUUGUUUCAGCUAAUCUUAUUCUAUUGCGGAACAGGCUUUUAGAUAUCCUUCUGAAACUUCUAUAUACAUCUAAAGAAAAGACAACUGUUAAUUUGCAGGCUUGUGAAGAACUGGUCAAGACACUGGGUUUUGAUUGGAUUAUGAUGUUUAUGGAAGAACAUCUUCAUUCCACUACAGUCACGGCAGCCAUGCGAAUUCUCGUGGUCCUGUUGAGCAAUCAGUCCAUCCUUACGAAGUUUAAGGAGGGUCUCAGCGGUGGAGGCUGGCUGGAUCAGACGGAUUCUGUCCUGACCAAUAAGAUUGGUACUGUGUUAGGGUUCAAUGUCGGCCGGAGUGCUGGUGGUAGAUCGACAGUGCGGGAGAUUAACCGGGAUGCUUGUCACUUCCCAGGCUUCCCCGUUCUGCAGUCCCUUCUCCCAAAGCACACUAACGUGCCUGCACUCUAUUUCCUCCUCAUGGCCCUUUUCCUGCAGCAGCCAGUCACUGAACUGCCUGAAAACCUGCAGGUCAGUGCACCUGUCAUCAGCAGCCAGUGUAAUCAGGGUGCCAAGUUUGAUUUAGACUCCAUUUGGACCUUCAUAUUUGGAGUUCCUGCCUCCUGUGGCACUGUUACCUCCUCAAUACACAGUGUUUGCACAGAAGCUGCCUUCUUGUUACUGGGAAUGCUGAGGAGCAUGCUGAAUUCUCCCUGGCAGUCAGAGGAAGAAGGCUCUUGGCUUCGGGAAUAUCCAGUCACCCUGAUGCAGUUCUUUCGGUAUUUGUAUCACAAUGUACCUGACCUCAUUUCCCUGUGGAUAAGUCCAGAGUUCCUGUGUGCGCUGGCAGCAACAGUGUUUCCUUUCAACACCCGACCAUACUCUGAGAUGGUCACUGAUCUCGAUGAUGAAGUUGGGUCCCCAGCUGAAGAGUUUAAAGCCUUUGCAGCUGAUUCUGGCAUGAACAGGAGCCAAUCAGAAUACUGCAAUGUGGGCACCAAGACCUACCUGACCAACCACCCAGCCAAGAAGUUCGUGUUUGACUUCAUGCGUGUCAUGAUCAUUGAUAACCUAUGUCUCACACCAGCCAGCAAACAGACUCCACUGGUAGACCUUCUGCUAGAGGCUUCUCCUGAAAGAUCAACACGAACCCAGCAGAAGGAGUUUCAGACAUAUGUUUUAGAUGGAGUGAUGGACCACCUACUUGCAGCUGAUGUUUUAUUGGGUGAAGAUGCAUCUCUGCCUAUAACAAGUGGAGGAAGCUACCAAGUGCUGGUGAACAAUGUGUUUUAUUUUACACAGCGUGUGGUAGAUAAGCUUUGGCAGGGCAUGUUCAACAAAGAAUCCAAGCUUCUUGUGGACUUCAUAAUCCAGCUCAUUGCACAGUCAAAAAGAAGAUCUCAGGGACUCUCGCUGGAUGCCAUUUAUCACUGCCUGAACAGAACCAUCCUGUAUCAGUUCUCAAGAGCGCACAAAACUGUUCCUCAGCAAGUGGCUCUCCUUGAUUCCCUAAGGGUCCUUACUGUGAACAGGAACUUAAUUUUGGGACCUGGAAAUCAUGAUCAGGAGUUCAUCAGCUGCCUAGCUCACUGCUUGAUUAAUCUGCAUGUGGGAAGCAAUGUUGAUGGGUUUGGAUUGGAAGCAGAAGCCAGGAUGACAACUUGGCACAUUAUGAUCCCCUCUGAUAUAGAGCCAGAUGGAGUCUACAGUCAAGAUGUCAGUGAAGGUCGCCAGCUUCUUUUAAAAGCCAUAAACAGAGUGUGGACAGAGCUGAUCCACAGUAAAAAACAGGUUUUGGAAGAAGUUUUCAAAGUGACACUACCUGUCAAUGAUCGUGGCCAAGUGGAUAUAACUGUUGCCAGACCUUUCAUUGAGGAAGCAAGUUUAAAGUGUUGGCAAAAUCAUUUGGCUCAUGAGAAAAAAUGCAUCAGUAGAGGAGAGGCUUUGGUUCCAGCCACACAGUCCAAACUUUCAAGGGUCAGCAGUGGAUUUGGCCUCUCUAAACUAACUGGUUCCAGGAGAAAUCGCAAGGAGAGUGGGCUGAGUAAACACAACCUCUCUACACAGGAAAUUUCCCAGUGGAUGUUUACUCACAUUGCAGUGGUUCGGGACCUGGUUGAUAUGCAGUAUAAAGAAUACCAGGAGCGUCAGCAGAAUGCGUUGAAAUACGUGACAGAGGAGUGGUCCCAAAUCGAGUACGAGUUACUGCGAGAGCGAGGGCUCUGGGGGCCCCCCAUCGGCUCCCACCUGGACAAGUGGAUGUUGGAGAUGACUGAGGGUCCCUGCAGAAUGAGGAAAAAGAUGGUGCGGAAUGACAUGUUUUAUACUCAGUAUCCCUACAUGCCCGAGGCUGAGCAGGAAACAAGCUUGCUGUCUGACUUCUCAAACAGACUUCCUGAGACAUCUGAUGAUACCAUUCCUCAAAAGAAACCUGCUCGCUACCGGAGAGCCAUCAGCUAUGACAGCAAGGAGUACUACAUGCGCCUGGCUUCCGGAAACCCCGCGGUCUUUCAGGACACCAUAGAAGAGAACACAGUUGGUGAAACAGCUCAGCAGGAGCCAGAGCAUGGGGAGGACACUAUUGCAAGAGUCAAAGGCCUGGUGAAGCCUCCCCUGAAACGAUCUCGCUCUGCUCCUGAUGGAGGAGAUGAUGAGAGCCAGGACCAGUCACAGGAUCAAAUUAUUGAGGGGAGUUCAAUUGAUGAAGACGAGAAGACUGACAAUACAACUUUGCUUCGACUUCUUGAAGAAGGAGAGAAGAUCCAGCACAUGUACCGCUGUGCUCGGGUUCAGGGUCUUGACACCAGCGAGGGGCUGCUGCUUUUUGGAAAAGAGCACUUCUAUGUCAUCGAUGGGUUUACCAUGACAGCCACCAGGGAGAUACGGGACAUUGAGACGCUGCCUCCAAAGAUGCAUGAGCCAAUCAUACCUAGGGGAGCAAGGCAAGGUCCAAGUCAGCUCAAAAGAACUUGCAGCAUUUUUGCAUAUGAAGAUAUCAAGGAGGUGCAUAAAAGGAGAUACCUUUUGCAGCCAAUUGCAAUUGAAGUUUUCUCAGGAGAUGGACGGAACUAUCUUCUAGCUUUCCAGAAGGGGGUUAGAAACAAAGUUUAUCAAAGGUUUUUGGCUGUGGUGCCCUCUCUGACCGACAGCUCGGAGUCGGUGUCUGGACAAAGACCAAACACCAGCGUAGAGCAAGGGUCUGGCUUGCUUAGCACUUUAGUGGGAGAAAAAUCUGUUACUCAAAGAUGGGAAAGAGGAGAAAUCAGUAACUUCCAGUACCUGAUGCACUUGAACACUCUGGCUGGCAGAUCCUAUAACGACCUCAUGCAGUACCCUGUCUUCCCCUGGAUCCUCGCAGACUAUGACUCAGAGGAACUGGAUCUUACAAAUCCCAAAACAUUCAGAAACCUGGCCAAGCCCAUGGGAGCUCAGACAGAGGACAGGUUAGCCCAGUACAAGAAGCGAUACAAGGAUUGGGAAGAUCCCAAUGGGGAAACCCCAGCUUAUCACUAUGGGACUCACUAUUCCUCAGCCAUGAUCGUGGCUUCCUAUCUUGUCCGGAUGGAGCCUUUUACUCAGAUUUUCUUACGGUUACAGGGCGGUCACUUCGACCUGGCUGACCGCAUGUUCCACAGCGUGCGUGAGGCCUGGUACUCCGCCUCCAAGCACAACAUGGCAGACGUGAAGGAGCUCAUCCCAGAGUUCUUCUACCUCCCUGAGUUCCUGCUCAAUUCCAACAAUUUUGACCUAGGUUGUAAACAAAAUGGCACUAAACUUGGUGAUGUAAUACUCCCUCCAUGGGCAAAAGGAGAUCCUCGUGAGUUUAUCAGAGUCCAUCGGGAGGCUCUGGAAUGUGACUUUGUGAGUGCUCACCUGCAUGAGUGGAUUGACUUGAUCUUUGGCUAUAAACAGCAAGGUCCUGCUGCAGUAGAAGCUGUAAAUGUCUUUCACCAUCUCUUCUAUGAGGGACAAGUGGACAUAUAUAACAUCAAUGAUCCUUUAAAAGAGACAGCUACCAUAGGAUUCAUUAAUAACUUUGGACAGAUACCAAAGCAGCUCUUCAAAAAACCCCACCCACCAAAGCGUGUUAGAAGCCGUCUGAAUGGAGAGGCUGUGGGAACCUCUGUGCCCCCUAGCUCCACAGGUGACAAGAUUUUUUUCCAUCAUUUGGACAACCUGCGGCCAUCUCUUGCCCCAGUGAAAGAGCUCAAGGAGCCUGUGGGGCAGAUCGUGUGUACUGAUAAAGGCAUUCUGGCAGUAGAGCAGAACAAGGUUCUCAUCCCGCCCACGUGGAAUAAAACGUUUGCUUGGGGCUAUGCAGACCUCAGCUGCCGACUGGGUACCUAUGAGUCAGACAAGGCUGUGAUUGUUUAUGAAUGCUUGUCAGAAUGGGGUCAGAUCCUGUGUGCCAUUUGCCCCAACCCCAAAUUAGUUAUCACUGGUGGAACAAGCACAGCAGUGUGUGUGUGGGAAAUGGGUGUCUCCAAAGAAAAAGCUAAAGCCCUCACACUGAAACAGGCACUGCUGGGUCACACUGACACUGUCACAUGCUUAACGGCAUCACUAGCAUAUCACAUAAUUGUGAGUGGAUCCCGAGAUCGCACCUGCAUCAUCUGGGAUCUGAAUAAGCUCUCCUUCCUGACACAGCUCCGAGGGCACAGGGCUCCAAUUUCAGCACUCUGUAUAAAUGAAUUAACGGGAGACAUUGUAUCAUGUGCUGGCACUUACAUCCACGUGUGGAGCAUUAAUGGCAGCCCUACUGCAAGUGUAAACACCUUCACUGGCCGAAGCCAGCAAAUUAUGUGUUGUUUUGUGUCAGAGAUGAAUGAGUGGGACACCCAGAAUGUCAUCGUAACGGGGCACUCGGACGGAGUUGUCCGGUUCUGGCGGAUGGAGUUUUUACAAGUACCAGAAACACCAGCUCCAGAGCCUGUGGAGAUGCUGGAAAUGCAAGAGGACUGUCAGGACGCACAGAUAGGGCAGGAAGCCCAUGAAGAGGACAGCAGUGACUCCGAGGCAGAUGAUGCUUGCAUAGGCCAGGACACAAAAGUGCAGGAGAACCAGAGCCAGCCAAGCAGCACCAGCCACAGGCCUCGGUCAUCGUCAGCCAGAGCAGCAGCAGCAUGGUCAGCAGACAGUGGCUCCGAUGACUCCAGGCGUUGGUCAGACCAGCUCAGCUUGGAUGAGAAAGAUGGAUUUAUCUUUGUGAAUUAUUCGGAGGGACAAGCAAAAAUGCAUCCCCAUGCUCAGGUUAACCACCCCCACCCCAGCUAUGCCGAAGCACGGCACUACAGCAAGCUCAAACCAGGAUACAGAUGGGAGCGUCAGCUGGUGUUCAGAAGCAAACUAACUAUGCACACGGCAUUUGAUCGCAAGGACAACGCACACCCAGCAGAAAUCACUGCGCUCGGCAUCUCCAAGGAUCACAGCAGGAUCCUGAUCGGGGACGGCCGGGGCAGAGUGUUCAGCUGGUCAGUGAGCGAUCAGCCGGGCCGGUCCGCGGCCGACCACUGGGUGAAGGACGAGGGUGGCGACAGCUGCUCGGGCUGCACUGUGCGCUUCUCACUCACCGAGAGGCGGCACCACUGCAGGAACUGUGGACAGCUGUUCUGCCAGAAGUGCAGCCGGUUUCAGUCAGAAAUCAAACGGCUGAAGAUUUCAUCUCCGGUCAGGGUGUGCCAGAACUGCUUCUACAAUCUGCAGCACGAGCGGGGCUCAGAGGAGGGGCCUAGAAAUUGAUGGGGGCCUGGCAAACCUCAUCCAGCCCCACUGUCACUCCAGGAACCAGUGAGAGCAUCGGAAGGAAUUGGAAUAUUGUCUGUUUACACUUAUGUUUAUACUGCAUUCUAAGCACUAAGAGUAAAAAGGGAUCAUUGCAUUGGUUUGUGUUGACAGAAGGCAGACGAGGCGAACAGCAUAAGAAGAAGAGCAAGGCCCAGGAAGACAUGGUUAAUAACCAUAAAUCCAACAGAACUGGCAGCCCCUGAGCCCAUGCUGGGGUGAUGGUUGCAAAAAUCCUCACUUAUCCGAAACAUCCCUUCUUGUCUUGUUUUUGUAGAGUUAGUCAUAUUAACUGGGGGGAGGGAGGGCAAGGCUUUUUAGAAGAUAGUUGUAAAUCUGCCUUCUUCACAAGCAACUGUGUAUAUUGUAAAUAGGUAUAACGGCCUUUUUAUCUAAAUAUGAACUUAACUGCCUGUUACAUGGGACUUCAGAUUAACCACUGUACUUUGUGUGGCAUCUUUAUCUCAUCUAUCAAUUUAAAUAUGAAUGUUAAAAAACAAAAAGAAAAAAAAAAGAAAAACAAAAACAGAAAACUCAAAGGCAUUAUGUGUAUUUCUGUUAAAAAUCCAGUCUGUGCAUGUUUGUUCUUUCAGUUGCCCACAGUAUCUUAAUUUAAGUGAGGCUAUUCAUAGAAUUACACAGAUUUUUUUCAAAAGAAAACAUUUUUGAGAAUAGGAACUUGGAGUAUUUUAUUCUAGCUGUAAGAUAACCAGGAACUAAAUUGUACACUUGUGUUGCGUUUUAUACCAAAAUAUUUACCACCUCAGUGUUGUUCAUAUUUAAUAAGGUCUCUUUUAUACAUAUGUCAGAGCUACAGUUUUGUUAAUUACUUACUGUUCAUUAGCAGCUGAUUCAUGCAGUGCAAGAACCAGCUUUUACCUUCUUUAGUCAAUAGCAAUUGGCUUUUGCAUAUAGGUACAGAAUUAAUUCCUUGUGCAUAAAAUUGAACUGCUGUUGUCCCAUAGCUUCUCUGCAAAAAACCUUUUUGUAACAACAGGCAUUGCUCUAAAGCAGGGUGAUCUUGGUUAUGUCAGAAAUGCUCCUUGGAGCUCUCUUUGUCUUUCAGCACACACCAUCAGCUUGAGGACAGCAGUAGAUUUCCAUUAUGGUUUUUAAGUUUCAAUAUGAAUUUAAUUGCAGUAUUUUUUUACUGCUCUGUCAUUUAUUUUGCACUACAUGUGGGAUGAAGUAGAGACACUGAUAUCUGCUGGGAUUGGAGUACGUGCAUUGGGAUAGGCCCAUGGACUUAAUUUCUGCAUGAGGUCUUGCCAGUGGGUUUUUGUUUGGGCAAAGGGGUAGAGGGAGGGCAGCAGGCAGGCUGGUGGUCGGUUUGUUUUUGUUUUUUGACAUAUGUGUAUAUAUUUUGUAAAUGGGUGACAAACUGAUCUAGAGCUAGGUAUAUUCACAAUGGAUUAUUUUAAACAGAGGUAAGGAUAUGACCCAGGCCAACAGAAGACAGGUGGCUCUCGCAGUACUUGAGUGAAUGUUGUCACUCAAAGGGAUGAGAGUAUCCUUCACUUGGAAUGACUUGAGCAGGCUCUGGCCCUGGGACAGCAAAUCCUUAAAACCAGCAUUGUUGUUGGAAUCGCACCAUCAAAAAUUCCAGGCCCUCUCUGUUGGGGUGAGCUACUUCCAGAGGGUCCCUGGCACUGUGGGGGCACCCCUGCCUUCUCUUGAUUUGAGCUUUUAGCAGUGAAUAGUUCGUUAAUUCUGACCACUUACUAUUUACCCUGGUAUCACAUGUUUAUGCACUGAAGGUUAAAUAUGUAUUUUGAUACUUGUUUGUUUAUUAUGUAUGUGCUGGUCUGUAAAAUGAGAUAUAUUCCUGUUUAGGUAUGUAUACUAGGUCCCCAAAUGAGCAGAAAGACUUCUCUAUAGCCCUUGCACACUGUUGAGUAAAUGCAGGUUUGUUGAGCUUAGCUGACCCAAAUUUUGGAUCCAAAGAGUGAUGGUAAAGUAGCCACACUGACUACUGGCUACCUGGCAGAUUUGACCCUAAAACAGGAAGAGGUUCUGGGUAAGCAUGUGCAGAGCACUGGAAUUUCUGUGUUCAGCUGUUCUCUCUAACGUUGCCUUCACCCUUCCCAAAAUGAUGCAAAACCAGCAUAGUUCAGAAGACAGGCUAGUGGCCUUAACGUUUUCUGUUUGAAGAAAAGGCUGUUUUGACAACUCUUAAAUGCCUUUGAGUCCACAGUUUUUCUCCCCUUGCCUCCAGAUUUCCAAAUCAUCCCCAAAUUUAAGGAAGCCUUCUUCUCUGUGGACUGCAGCUUGUACAGCCACAUGGUUAAACCCUAAUAAAAGCAAGGCUAUGACAACAACACUGAUGUGGUCCAACACUGCAGCCAGGACAGAGUCCUGCUGUGGGGUCCUGAGGGUGGAGCUGUCGGCCACAGAUGCAUUGUACGGGUGUUGUUCAUGCCCGCGGCAUUGGCAGCACACUAAAGAAAUCCUUAUUCCUUACAAAUUCUGCAGUGUGCAGGCUAAGCCCAGUUUACAUUUUGCAAGCAGACCACCACAGCCCUCUGACUUAGUUCUGUUCCCAAAAAAACAUGGUUUUGCUUGUUGGAGGCGGAGGGGGACAAACACACCUGCUCAUAUUCCCUUUGGCAGCUGGUGCUGUGGGCAACUGUGGUGUUCACAUGGGAGUGGGGUUUUUUUCCAUUUCAUUCGAGCUUCUAAUGCAAAUACUUGCUUUGUUUUCCAUGUAAAAAUCUGUUGAGCAAAAAUUUACUCAUUUACACUAACAUUAGUAGACUGUAUUCUCUGCAAGUACCUCACAUGUCUUCUCCUGCCUUGUUCUUUGUAGUAAACUUAUCCAUGUACUCCUAACAUUCGUUUGUAGUGUGCAACUGUAAUGUCAUGCUUUUGAGAGGGGUUGGCUGCCUCCAGCCAACAUUCAUCAGUUCAAUAGCAAAACACUUUAGAUAAGUUAUUUUGCACUUUCUUAUGUAUAAAAUUGGUAGAAACUUAUAUUUGCUUUGGAUCAUUUAAAGACUCCUUUUGUUUCGGUAAAUGAACUGUGUAUAAAAUACUUAUGCAGUUAAAACUGUUUUUAGAAAGUAUUUUUAAUUUCAGCAAGUUUGGUUACUUGUUGCAUGACUAUUAACACAGCUGACUUUUUGUGUCAGUGCAAUGUAUAUUUUUUUUGUUCUGUUAUUAACUUGUAAGCCCUAGGUAAACGGCCAUUUAUUUGUACAGCAUCAGGAGUAAAUUGAAGAUAACUGGCUGAGACUGGAGUGUGGAAUUUUGUACUAUAUUGCAGAAUCCAAUAUCUGUUUUUUGGUGGUUACGUAAAAGGCCUGACGAUUUACUAUCUAGUGUGCAAUCUGUGAUAUCUGAAUGUUCAUUGUAUAUUUGUCUCCAAUGCAAAAAGGUAGAGUAACACGAUUACAACAAUACAUGAUUAAAUGCAAUAGUUCAGGUACUGAAGUAUUUUUUUUUUUCAUUUCAAAUAAAUACCUGCUGUUUACCACCAAAAA